AUGGCGGCGUAUUCGGAAUCCAUUCCAGUGUUCCGAGCCCGAUGCGCAGCGUGUGGACUUGAUGAAGCCGAGACGGAGAGUCUUGUCGCUGCCGGCCUUACAACUUUGGCGAAGGUCGCUUUCUGCAGUGCUUAUACCCCAGGCGCUGGUGACGAUGGCAGUCUCAUCUUAGCCCUAGCAACUGCGUUGGGUAAGGAGCCGACCUUGGGGCAAAAGGCCUCUUUCCGACGGCUCUUUCACGAGUCUUUCUCAGUUACGACUUAUGAGAUGAAAGGUUUGGUAAGCCAAACGGAGGAGAGUGCACCGCGAAAGCUCUCGGUCCCGGAAAGGGCUGAGAGGCAUUCCGCCAUUGUGAAGCGACUUCCAGGUCUUGACAUUAGAAACCGCACUGAACCGUCUGAUUCAUUGCUUGAUCUGUGUGUUUCAAUGUAUGAGAAUAACAAGCUUCUUUAUGUGGAGUGGGACCGCCUGACGAGUAAGGAGCAGGAGCAGACGCUGAGCGCCAAGUUCUUUCUGUUGAUAUCCUCUCCGGCGAUCGCCGAUACUUCGACUGAGCUUCUACUCCUUCUUGCCAUGACUCGCAGAGCGGUGGCCUUUGAGAUGGCAAAUAUCCUUGACUAUAACCUGCAUGCGCGCUGGAGCGAGCGCCUGCAAAGUGCCCGUUUGGACCCUGUGCUUGCGGGUCAUUUGCAACCCACCUUUCAGCAACUGCAGGCUGCUGAUCGCCGUCUUUUCAUGCUUCUUGCGGACCGAACAAGAACCGGUAUCCAACUGAAUGCCACAGGCAAGCGGCCCAAGGCGGGCCGUCUCCCCCCAACGAGAGUGCUGAUUGUGGCGGCCCUUACCAAAGAGGUCGAGGUUGCAGGCCUGACAGUCCGGGGCGGGGCUGCCUUUGUCGCCUGUUGCAUUCUGUCUGGUUUCGAGGCCUUGAUGCACGCAUACCCCGCACCGGUGCAUCGUGCGGAAAUUUUGGCUUUUUCCAUGCUUCAAAAGCGCAUUCUGGUCCGCUUGCAACUUGUCGUGGUGGAUUUGCUCACCUUGGAGCCUUCGCCGCGGGCCGAGACUGGUCGUGCUUUCGCUGCCGGGGCUUAUGGUCAGGGUGCACUGGUUGGGUUUCGUAAGAAUACCCUGGUUUUCCCUUUCUGUGUUUUUGCCUUGACUUCCUGGCUGCGCCUGCUGUGCCCAGAUGCCAUUUUCUCAGCCAUUGUUCUUCUGGAUGCUGACAACGCUCCAUUCCAUAAGGAUGUGCGUGGCCCUUUGUCCUGGAAGCAUGGCGCCAUAACCUUCGACGUCUAUCGCCUGUGGCAUAAAGUCCUGCCCUGGACGGGGCGCAGGCUUGUCUUGGUGGGCUUCACUCCUGCCUCCUGCCACCCGCUCCAGCCUGACGAUCGUGCCAAACUGGGUGCCUUGGGUUUCCCCCUCCCUCCGCUCCCCCAGGCCGCUGCUGCAUCUGAGCCUGUGCGACGCUCGCGCUCUCCUACUCCCACUUCCGCUGUUGUGGCCUGUUCAGGUUCUAGGCCUAGGUCGCCUCCCCCUGGUUUGCCGGGUUCCCUAGUCUCCCCAACUCCAACCGGCACGCCGCCUUUGUUCAUCAAGCUUUGCGCCGGUAGUGCCCUGCUUUCACAAAAGGCCGAGGAGGCUGGUUUUCGGUCUUUGGCUGUUGACCAUCAUGGCAAUCGCUUUAAGCCGCAUGUGCAUGUUCUGCAGCUGGAUCUCCGCAGCCCCUCCUCCUGGGAGUUCCUUCGUGGCGUCUUGUCAUCCCAAGCCGUGGCUCAUGUUCAUAUUGCCGUGCCGUUCGGCACCUGCAGCCGCGCCCGCGAUUUGUCACCUGGGCCCCCCCCUCUGCGCGACCUCCAUCAUGUCUGGGGUCUUCCGGGGCUCUCACUUACUGAUCAUGCUCGUGUCCAAAGUGCCAAUGCAAUCUAUGAGGGCGCUGCUGGUUUCUUCGAAUUUAUCCUGGCUUCUUUUCCUCAGACCGGCGUCUCAGUGGAGAACCCUCUGCAUUCCUGGCUUUGGAUGUUGCCGCCUUUUGCUUCUUUGAUGCAGCGCUGCACUUUCGUUGCUUUUGCAGGCAUGGCUCCAACAGGUUGUGCUGUGCAUCAGCCCUGGCAAGUCCAAAACGGCGAGUUUGCCACCGCCCGUGAGGCGGCCUACCCGCUUCUUUUCUGCCAGCGGUUCGUAGCGGCGGUUGCGGCCUCUGCUUCAGCAUCUGGGUUGGGCCCUGAUCCCGAUGCCCUUUCUGCCCAUGCUUCCGCGCGUGCAGCCAACCACGUGCAGCCACGCGGGCGCCGCUUUCCGCCCCUCAUACCCGAGUACAGCUAUACUGUCACUGUGUUUUCUGAGGUGCCGCCGCCACUCAAUGCUAAGCGUUGCCUGCCAGAUCCUUGGCUGGGUGUGCCGGCCGGCAGCCGUUUCCUGCGACAGUCACUUGAAAGGGGGGGAGUCGCUCUUCCCGACUUCCCAGGGCCGUCGUACGUUACCUUUGGCGAGCCGUUGCAGUAUGUGCAUCAUGCGCUUUCCCUGCAGCAUCCUUUUGACCUGGCUCGGGCCGUGCCUGAUGACCUUCUGCGCGUACUCUUUAAGACUUUGACGGGUGGGCCUGUGGCAGUCCUCCGUUCUAGGUUGCUUAAGCUUCGGCAAUGGCGAGCUUGGGCUAAAGAGCUUGAGUCGGAAAAUGCAAAACUUUUUGCCUCGAUGCACAAGGAUGUCGCAGCCGUCCUCAGAGGAAAGAGGCUGGCCCUGCUCGAGAAAAUUGGACGGUCUUUGGGUUGGCCGGAUGAGGCCAUCUAUCGGGACCUUGCCGAUGGUUUUCGCAUAACCGGCUAUCUUCCUGCGACAGGAGUUUUUGAGCCUGACGUGCGCCCUGCAGAGCUUGAUGAGCAGGAGUUCUGGACCCGAGCGCCCGCUCUCCAGAAUUCCUUGGUGGAGAAGAUUCGAAAGCAGGCCAUUGCUGACUUCGAGCAACCCCUGUGGGAGCUGACUCUGGACGAGGCCGACCCGAACUCAAAGGCAUGGCUUCACGGGCCUCUCUCCUUGGAGGAGGUCAGGCAGCGUUUCGGCGACAAAUGGUGCCCUUGCAGAAGAUUCGCGGUAUGGCAAAAGAAGUGGCGACCUAUCGACGAUCUCAGCGAGAACCAUGUUAACUCGACAUUUGGAGCUUUCGAGAAGGUUGCCUUGAGGGCCCUCGACGAGAUUGUGUGGGUCUGCUCAACGAUCUUUCGCUACGCUUCCUCCCGAGGAGAUGUUUCUUUGACCCUUUCAGAUGGCACGUGCCUGAGUGGAAAAGUACAUGCCAUGUGGGAGCAGAGUGAUAACAUCAGGCCCCUCACGAAGACCUACGACUUGAGGUCUGCUUACAAGCAGCUGCCGCUGCACCCAGAAGAGCAAAGGAAGGCUGUCAUCAUGCUGCGAGAACCUGGGACCCGUGAGCCCAGAGCCUUUGUAUGCCGGACCCUACCCUUCGGUUCCGCGGCUUCGGUUCUGCAGUUCAACCGGGUCUCUUUGUUGCUUAGGCGCAUCCUCCUUGAGGUCGACGUGCUUGCCUCCUGCUACUACGACGACUACCCUUGCACUGCGCCUAAGUGUCUUGCAGAAGCCACCGAUGGCUGUGCCCAUGCGGUUUUCACUCUUUUGGGUUUUGACACUUCGGUGGACAAAGAAUGUAGCUUUUCUACGCAAACCGAGCUGCUGGGUGUCACCCUUGAUACUUCCGAUCAAGGGUAUCAGGCUGUCCGGGUAGCAAAUAAGCCAGACCGUGCCAGCGCCAUUGCUGAGUCACUCGAGAUGGUCAUGAAGCAAGGGAGAGUGAGGGUGGCCGAGCUUCCUGCCCUUUUUGGCAGGCUCCAGUUUGCCGAAUCACAGCUCUCGGGAAGAUCCGGCCGUCUGGCGUUGGCUGACCUUCGCAAGCUUGAGGCUGCGAAUGCUGUGAGUGUUCCCUUAACGCCCCAUCAUCUUGAAGCCUUUGCUCUUCUCUUGCGCCGCAUGCGCUCCGGGCCGCCCCGAAGCAUUUCCACAGCGGGCGAUCUUUUGCCCGUGCUUGUCUUCACCGAUGGCGCAUGCGAACCCAGGGGAGAUAAGUUCGAGUGCAGUGUGGGGGGCUUGCUAAUCGUUCCGGGCUCCCGCGCGACGAUGAAGGUCUUUGGCUGCCGAGUGCCGGAUGCCGUUGUGCAGGUGUGGGCAGAGGGAAGGAAACACAUCAUAGGGCAGACCGAGCUGUAUGCCGUGGUCCUCGCUCGAGUGCUGUGGAGUAACGACCUGUCAAAUCGUAGGGUCGUCUACUUUAUCGACCAUUCAGGCGUGCAGGGCGCAUGCAUGACCGGGACGUCAUCCGACUCAUCCUGGAGGCAACUUCUUAUGGCCUUUGAAGUUGCAGAUGAAGCGAGGCCUUGCAUGUCCUGGUUCCAUCGGGUUCCAAGCCACUCAAAUCCAGCCGACGCCCCGUCAAGAGGCCGUUGGCAUGACAUGUCGUGUUUCAAACCUUUUGUCGAGGAGACACCGCGUUGUUUCCUCACUGGCACAAUCCUCGAAAGGAUGGAGUGA